AUAAUAAUAUAAUUCGUAACGCAACCGUCACUCCGGCCUCAUGGAGGCAGCACUGUUGCAUCCUGGCUGGAGCUGAGCGUUUUGAGGAACUAGAAUGUAAACAGUGUUCAGAUGUUAGCCACUAUCGUUAUAGCUGCUAACUUUUCUAUGUAAGCUGUCGAAUCGUACCGACUCUCCUUUAUGUUUAUUAGUUGAACAUGGCGCUAUCAUUGUGAUUAUUGAUUAACAGCUUCCAUUCCGGUCUUUCUCGGGUCUCAAACGGUAGGUACAGUUGUUUCCUGGAGGGUCAGUGAACCUGCUGUCGCUUUUGAAGGUCGGAGAGCACAGUUAUCCUACAGUGUGGAUGUAUCAAGGACAUAUGCUGUCACCAUGACCAAAGACAUUGUUGUUGGAGAUGAAUUACCAGACUGGGUCGGGGCCAAGGAGUUCUACCAAAAAUAUGACCCAAAAGAGGUGAUCGGCAGAGGUGUGAGCAGUGUGGUGCGCAGAUGUGUGCACAGACACACGGGUCAGGAGCUGGCGGUGAAGAUUAUUGAGAUCACAGCAGAGAAGAUGACAGUGCAGCAGCUGGAGGAGGUGAAAACCUCCACGCUGAAGGAGAUCCAAGUCCUCAACAUGGUGAAGGGACACUCCUCAAUCAUUACACUCAUUGAUUCCUAUGAAUCCACAACCUUUAUAUUUUUGGUGUUUGACCUCAUGAGGCGGGGGGAGCUGUUUGACUACCUCACAGAAAAGGUUACUCUGAGUGAAAAAGAAACCAGGAGUAUGAUGCGUGCCCUGUUGGAAGCCGUGCAGUACCUCCACUCCCUCAACAUCGUCCAUAGGGAUUUGAAACCUGAGAACAUUCUCCUGGACGAUCAAGGACACAUCAAACUGUCCGACUUUGGAUUCUCUGUGCACUUGCAGCCUGAAGAGAAACUCAGAGAGCUUUGUGGAACACCUGGAUAUCUGGCCCCUGAGAUACUGAAAUGUUCCAUGGAUGACAUGCACCCAGGUUAUGGUCAGGAAGUUGACCUGUGGGCCUGUGGUGUGAUCCUGUUCACGUUACUGGCUGGCUCGCCGCCGUUCUGGCAUCGCAAACAGAUGCUGAUGCUGAGGAUGAUCAUGGAGGGUCGAUAUCAGUUCAGUUCUCCAGAGUGGGACGACCGAUCUGACACUGUCAAAGAUCUGAUAACCAGGUUACUUGUGGUGGAACCCGCUGUUCGUCUCACAGCUGAACAGGCGUUGACACAUCCCUUCUUUAGACAGUACCAGAAGGAGGAUGUGCGACAUUUUAGUCCCAGAAAAACAUUUAAGGUGUUGAUAGUCACUGUACUAGCUUGUAUCAGAAUGUAUAGCCGUUACCGUAGAGUCCGACCACUGACUCGGGAGGUGCUGGCCAGAGACCCUUACUCCAUCCGAGGAGUCCGCAAACUCAUUGAUGGCUGCGCCUUUCGUAUCUACGGCCACUGGGUGAAAAAGGGGGAGCAGCAGAACCGAGCCGCUCUCUUCCAGAACACAGCUAAGAUCAUGCUGCUGGGCCUGGAGGAGUUUGAAACAUAAAAGGAUCAUCCUCAAUCCUCAUCAUCACCUUGAUGUUAAUAUUUAACCUUUUCAUAGGCUUGAAUGGCAAUUUUGUUUUUCUAACUUUGAGUUACUGUCUUUGAUUUUAGGACGAGGGAAAUGAGAGACUGGGACGUUUUUAUGUGCUUUGAAGAAACUUAAAUAGCUCUGUUGCUAAAAAGCCUAUGCGGGCUGUCAUUAUGAACACAUUUUCAAACUGCUCCUCACCAAAAGUGCUCAAAAUAUAAUAAUAAGUGCAGGGCAUCAACUUUGUAACAACGCACGAACUUGCUCAUAUGUCCUCAACAACAGAGCUACCAAUAAAAAUUGUGAGGUUUCCUUAAA